AUGUCUGAUCGGGCGCCGCACCCAACACGAUCCACCGGCCAAUUCACAACGACGCUCCUUCGACUCUUCCCCCGCUACUCCUCGACGGCAGUGGCGUCGUUCGCCGCGCUGCCUCCGUGGCUCGCGCUACAGCUCGGGCCGCUUCGAACCCCGCCGCCCCCAGUCCUUUUGGACACCUUUCGUUGGCCGCCACUUUGUGACAUUUAUACGCUCGACAAAUCCCGUCGCCUCGGCCACGGCAGCUCGAGCGACCUCUACCUUGGGACCCACAAAUUCAGUCGCAAAAGCGUCGCUGUCAAGCGCUUCCAUCACGUGCCGAUGAUCAACCAAGCGUACCAGCGCAAGGAUCUCCGGUCCGAGGUCGCCGCCUUGCGCGCGCUGCGCGGCCAAAAGCACAUUGUCCAAAUUCUCGAUCACUACACGACCGAUCACGAUGACGAGAUGGACGUCGUGCUCGAGCUCGUGCCCGGCGGCACGCUCGCCGACCUCUUGUGCAACCAAGGUCGACUGGCCGAGCCGGUGGUGCGAUCGCUGCUCGACCAGCUUGUGGAUGCAGUCGCCGCGUGCCACGAUUGCGAUAUUGUGCACCGCGACAUCAAGCCCGACAACAUUCUCUUGACCGACGCCGACCCGACGCGCGCCGUCUUGAAGCUUGGCGACUUUGGCUUUGCUACGUCGGGCCGGCAUGGCCUCACGCGGCGCUGCGGCUCGUCGGGGUACAUGGCCCCCGAGAUGGAGGCGGGUGCUGUCUACGGCCACAGCAUCGACGUCUGGAGCGUCGGGGUCGUCGCCUACAACCUCCUUACGGGCUGCAUGCCGGUCUUUGAUGCGUCGUCCACUCGAGUUGUGCUGCCUCCGGACGCGGUGCUGUCGCCCCGCGCUGUUGACUUUUUGAAUACGAUAUUGGAGCCCAACCCGUCGUUGCGGCCGACGAUCGAUGCGCUCAAGCUACACCCGUGGCUGCAAAUGUCGUCGCCGCCGACGACGAGCCUCGCUGGCUUCCUUACGCAGUGCAAAGCAAUGGCGCGCGACCCGGCUGUGGCCAAGCGCCUCGCGAAUGUGGUUUGUGCUCUGGAAGCGUGCGAGGCAACACCCGCCGUGGACCUGGAUAGGCUCGUCGCAGCCGUGGUCGCGGCCCUGGAUGACGUCACCACGGACUUGCCGCUGCUCGGCGGGCAAGUCGAGGCCUACCGCGCCUCGCUGCGACAACUGGACGUGUGCUGCCGAUAG